UCAUUUCUCAGCUUGGUGGCAAGUAUAAAAUCAAAUGGGUCCCGACUCGAAGGUGGCCAACACUGAUAGAUGCUCAGAUAUUGGUGGGAUUCUGGGAAUGGUUGACAGCAAGGUCCUGGACUUCCCUCUGACCAGGUGAGUAAACCAAGGCCCCGAGGAGUGAAGCGAGCUUCCUCACACGUCUUUGGCAGUGGCCCCAGUCCUCCAAGUCCAAUUCCUCCGCCUGGGACGCCUCUUGAGGACCACUAAUUUAAAGGCGCAUCCCAGGAGAAUGGAUACCAGCCUGUCCUCCGUUAGGGUCUCUGGUGUUCGGUUUUCCCCAGGUGAGACCAAUAGAGACGUGCUCACGUAUACAGAUCUUCUCCAAGAAGCAGGGGAGUUUGGGACAUUUCAGAGGAGGCUGGUGGCCCUCACCUUUCUCCCCAAUACACUGAGUGCUUAUUUUAUGUUUGUUCGAGUAUUUGUGCUUAGGCAAGUGCCUCAUUACUGCAACACCAGUUGGCUUUUGGCCAUCCGACCCAACUUGACCAUUUCGGAGCUGUUCACUCUGACCCUACCCAAGAAGGCCGACGGGUCCUUUGAACAAUGUCUAAUGUACUCGCCUGUCCAGUGGGACUUUGACUCUAUCGUCAAGUAUGGCCUGAACGAGACCCAGCCCUGCCAAAAUGGCUGGAUUUACAUUAACAAGCAGGAGCUGACCACAGUGAAUGAGUUUAACCUGGUCUGUGACAAAGCCUCAGAACGCUUCAUCUCGAUGAGUUCUUUUGUGAUUGGCCUUUUGUUUGGAUCCUUGAUCACUGGGACCUUGUGUGACAGGAUUGGUCGCUAUAAAACCAUUCUGAUCAUGCUGAUGCUCUUCGCUGUGUUUGGGUUUGGUACAGCCUUUGUGCCCAACUUUACAGUCUACAAGAUCUUCCAGUUUGCCAUUGGGGUUGCCAUUUCAGGCUAUGCAAUAAGCAGUGUCUGUUUAGUUACAGAAUGGUUGGUCCUCUCCCGAAGAGCUCCAGCAAUCAUCUUGGCUCACUCCUUUUAUGCCUUUGGUCUUGUGAUGGUUUCUUUCCUGGGUUACUUCAUCCCUCAUUGGAGACUGCUAUACCUGGUUGGUGGUUUCCCAGUGAUCUUCCUGAUCUCCUAUAUCUGGAUUCUCCCCGAGUCCCCAAGGUGGCUGAUGAUGAGAGGAAGAAAAGAAAAGGCAAAGUUUGUCUUGCGCAUGGCAGCCUUGGUCAAUAAGAGAACCAUACCCUACAACCUCCUAAAGGAGCUGUCCUGUGAGGAGGUCCCCUACGGAACAGUCCUGAGCAUCCUGCAAAACCGCAAACUACGCAAGAUGACCAUGGUCCUGGUCUACGUGUGGUUCUCCAUCAGCUGCUGCUACUUUUCCCUGAGUAGCUACAUGAAGAAGGUGAAAAUGAACCCCUACGGCUCCCACAUAGCUUUCCCAAUGGCGGAGGUGCCCUCCCGGUUCUUGUGCGUUGUCCUCGUGGAGAAGCUGGGGAGGAAAACGACCCUGAGCAUCACCCUCUACGUGGUGGGCUUCGCGUGCUUGACUAGUGCCUUCAUUUCCAAAGAUCUGUUCUCCAUCGAUGUAACUCUGAUCCUGAUGGGUAAUAUUGGAAUGGCUGCUGCUAUCACUGUCUCCUUUAUCUAUUCAGUGGAGCUCUAUCCCUCUACCCUCAGGCCGAUCGGCUUAGGGCUAGUUUCUCUGGGUGCUAGUAUUGGGAUCAUUAUGACCCCGCUGAUUGUGGGCCUGGAUGAGAGUCAACCAAAGGCGCUCAUGACCUUCUGUGGAUUAGUGACUACCAUAGGAGGAUUCCUCUGCUUCCAACUUCCUGAAACAUAGGACGAUUGGGAGGGAUUCCUUCCUGAUGAGAAAGCCCACAGGUGACUGGUAAGAACUGGAAGAGUGAUGGAAACCUCAGCAAGGAUAAGAAUUCAAGCAAAGAAAAGGAGGGUCCUUGGAAGCUGGCAACAAGACUUGAAACUUGGCAGGGAGGCAGAAAAGAUGAGAUCAACAAGAGGUCAUGCCUAAAGUAACUGUCUAGCCAAGCUUCCCAGAGCCUCGACAAGGCCUUCUGGGGGCUGGAGGACAAGUGGCCCAUGCUGGGAUGCCAGGGACCCCCCUAGCGCUGGCCUGACCCAAGCUGGCCUCUGAAUUUCUCUUCUAUAGCGGGAUACACCUAUUCUGUAAAGUGGCUCCUAAAAUGAGGCGUCAUGAGAUGAAUCACUCUAAUAAAGGCUCCAACCAUUCAGAAAACAA